AUUAUGCUCGGAGUAUAGAAAUUGAGGGAGAAGGCAGCGUUCAAAAACCCAGAUGAGUUCUCUUUUGCCAUGAUCAACACUAGGAUGGUUGAUGGAGUUCAUAGACCCAAGAGUGAGACUAAGUAUACACAAGAGGAACUUCUGGUGAUGAAAACACAAGAUAUUGGUUAUGUUCUUCAAAAGCUUCAAAGUGAGAAGAAGAAAAUUGAUCUACUGAGUUCUGCACUUCAUCUUUUGGAUAAUCAACCCCCAAACAAACAUGUUCACUUUGCUGAAGACAGGGAGGAAGCUAGAGAAAUUAAGUCGAGGCCAUCACAAAAUAGCAAGCCUGUUUUUGAAGAUGUUCCAAAACGGAUUAAAAAGAAAAUGGCUGCUUCUUACAAAGAGCUUGAAGAAAGGAAGAAAAGGGUUCAAGAAUUGGAAAAAUUGUAUAAUGACAUGUCUUUGCAGAAGGAAUUGCAGAAACCUGGACGGAAACGCAAACUCCGUGAAGAUGAGGUACUUGAUCCUUCUUCCAGGCCAGUAUAUAAAUGGCGUGCUGAACGUAAACGAUAAAAAUUAUGCAGAGACUUCACUGCUUGAUCUGGUGAGAAAUUAACUCACCCUUUGGAAACAUGGACUGGGACCUUAAGUACAUUUUUGAAUCAAGAUGCAAUUGCAAUUGAAGAUGAAGGAGAUCAAGCUCCAAUAUUCUGCCUGCUUAAAGUAGAUUAUAUUGUUGUGUUUUUCCCCGGUUGCCAAAUCAAACAUAUGUUGUUAUCGACUAUCAAAGUAUUUAACUCGUACUAGUUCCAUGAUUUCACAUGCGAUAUUUAUAGACUUAAAACAAUAAACUAAAAAUAGUCACCAAUUUGGUUGCAUGUUCA